UGUAAGCGACAAAAGAUGGCCCUACCACCGCAAGCGAUAAACAAAACAAACAUCACCACCGUGCAGAGAAAGCAGACAGCAACUGUUCAGUACGUGAGCUUGCUGUUGGCUGCUAACUUUUUCUGCGUCCGCUUUGCGUCUGUUCGCUCGUCGGAAAAACAACUACCAUGUCGAGGCCGGUUCUCCUGUCCAGCUUUAUUAGUUCCUGCGCCUGGCGCGUUCGCAUCGCAAACUGCGAAAUUCAAAACGGCGAACCCAAUGGGCCAAGUUCCUGUGCUGCUUGCCGACGGAAAGCCCAUCAGCCAAUCAGUGGCCAUUAUGGAGUACUUGGAGGAGAAAUAUCCUGAGCCAAGAAUGCUGCCCGCAGACCCAUACCAGAGGGCCAAGUGUCGUGAGGUGGUGGAGCUUCUCGUUUCGGGAGUCCAGCCACUGCAGAGCAUCGGCCUCAUCCCUCUUCUCGGCAGAGUGGAAUGGAAGAAGUGGGCUGACCGCACCAUCACGCGUGGCUUCGCAGCCCUGGAAGCCAUCUUCGCAGAGACGGCCGGCAGAUACUGCUUUGGAGAUGAGGUGACGUUUGCAGAUGCCUGCCUCGUACCUCAAGUGUGCAAUGCAUACCGCUUCGGUGUUGACAUAACACCCUUUCCAACGGUGCGGCGGAUCUACGAGGAGCUUCAGCAGCACCCACUUAUCAAGAAAGCUGAUCCGUCAUGUCAGCCAGACACCCCUCCAACAGGAGUGCCCAACCCACUCAACCUAUUCCAGGGCCCUGGGGACCAAUAGCACUACAUAAUAACCAUAUUGAAGUCUAUAUUUUGGUAAAAUUAAACUAGCAUUCUUAAGAUGAUUCUUGCAUUCUUGGUUCUGGACAUCUCGCCUUCAUAUAACUUGCCAAAAAUUGUUUUGUCGACCCAUAUUAUGGGAGGAAUAUAUGGAAGGGAUCAAAAGUGAGCUGGUAUGAGCUUGCGAAGUAUGCUAGGCACUAGCAGAGAAGGCACAUAUAAACAGCUGUCAGAGAUUUCAUAAACGGGAUACAGAAAAUGGUGACAUGUUUCCUUCACUGAAUGCAGCAGUUCAAGCAGUGGUUGUUUUCUGGACUAGCAAAACUGCUAUGGUGAUACACGCAGCAACGCCGUCCUCUAAUUCUCAAAGCUGCUGCACGUGGCAUCAAAAGAUAUGGAAACUAAGGGGUGUGCGAAUAUUCGAAACUUCCAAAUAACGAAUCGAAUGGUGAGUCUCCGAACCGAAUAGCCACUGCUUAUAAGUGCGAAUAUUCUUCGAAUACUUCUGGAAUGUUUCGAAACAUCGACCGCACCCAAGUAAACAAAAGGACAGCAAAAGUACAGUAAAUUUUUACUCCCGCAGCUGUAGUAUACACACAUAGAACAUGAGAACUUGUGUAGUGGAGCAGGCUAUGUCACUUUACAUACCUUACAGGCUGUACAGUGUUCAUUCGCACACUCUGAAGACCUAUGUGCAUGCGAAGAAACUAUUUGUUUACUCCUAAUGCUCCAUUUGUGCUUUUAACAAGCAACGCUUGACAGCAUAUUAUGUAGCUACAGAAACUUUCUAGCUUUAGUAAUACUGGGAUAUGAACAUUGUUUUAUAUUAUAUGUGAUAGCAGCUUUUUAUUAUUUAAAUACUAUUCGGUAUUCGAUUCGAUUUGCUUCUGGCACUAUUCGAUUUGUAUUCAGUUCGGUCUAAAAAAAACUAUUCGCGAAUCCCUAGGAGCUAUGGAUCUUAUUGCAAGAACCUUGAUGGGUGUUGCCAUGAAGGCUGGACUGUGGCACAUAUCUGCCAAUUGCACUGAAGCUAGCUGAAGAUAGCAGAUGUAUAAGGCUUCUGCUCGGGUUUGUGGCUGUCCAGGAAAUUACAAUUUUAUCGGCAAGGUGCAAUGUAGCCUCGAACCACCUAGCCGCGCUGCUCUCCUCCUUGCACUGGUAUGUGCAGAGCGCAGUUUCUCUCAUCGGAAGCUUGGAGCAGUAGUGCUUUCAUUUCAAAUUAGUGCGAUUCUAGUGCAUUCUGGAAGUGCUUGCUGCGAUGUCAGAUGACUUAACAUCAACGGGCUACCACUGUGCUGUAUUUGGCUGCAAAGAUAAGCUUCGGAAGCGAACAUGAAGUACUUCUUCAUCUGCGGCAACUUCAUGGACUCCGCCACUGCAGUUACAGACAAGUGCCCACUUUGAAUUGCCAGCCUAAACAGAACGGACUUGAUGCCAUGAGGUUCGUCGUGUGUAUGUUCAGAAGAUUUUGUUUCCAAUGGGUGCACGGCGACGAACUUGGCACCCAUGAUCAAACGGGGGUGUGAAUGAAAGGUGCAUAUUUGAGUUGGUCAACUAUUGUGAAUGACUGAAGUCAACUUUUUCUUCGUGCACGCACAUUAAAGCUAUUCUGUACAAAUGUCUCCUGAGAUUAUCAUGCUUGGUAACUAACGUUCUGGUGGAAGUUGACCUAGUAUGUAUCAUGAAAACAGUACAUGCCAACUAAGAAAAUGAAGCUGUGUUCUUUUUCGUUGUCUAACGCAUGCCGGCUACCUUUAAUUCAGAUGGGUUCUCCCAUGCAUCUGAUUCUCACCGGCAAGUUCUCUGGCCGACGCCAUUCAUCGCGUGCUGUAUUAUCUCAGAAAAUAAAUUUGCUGCUGCAAA